AUGCUUCCGUCUCUCUUCUUGGUGCUGGUGCUGGUGCUGUGCUCGGGAUCGAGCGGGUACUCCGUCGCUGAUCAGUACGCCCCGAAGCUGGCGUACUGCCCCAGCGAUGAUAUAAACCUGGUGCGAGAGGCCUCAGGGCUGUCCCAGAACGAGACUCAGUGGCUGCAAAGAAGAGACGUGCGCACAAAGGAAGCGCUGCAUAACUUCUUGCAGCGCGCCACGUCCUCUUCGCAAAACUUCACGCAGCUGUUCCAUCGCAUAUUCGACGCCGGGAUGGUGCCGAGGAUAGGGAUCGCAGUGUCCGGCGGUGGCUACAGGUCGAUGCUUACCGGUGCAGGUAUACUGUCUGCAUUCGACAACAGGACGCGCGGCGCCAUGGAUCACGGUCUCGGGGGCAUUCUGCAGAGCACCACAUACAUGACAGGCUGCUCGGGCGGUAACUGGCUGGUCGCCUCGUUGUCCUGGAAUAACUGGACCUCGGUACAGGAUAUCCUGGACAUGAACUACGACCGCAAGACGGCUAGGAAACAGGGCAAAAUCACUAAGGACCCUAUAUGGGACCUGAGCGACUCGAUCGUGUCCCCAGGCGGUCUCAACAUCAUCAAGACCGCUCGUAGAUGGGACCACAUCACCAAUGCAGUGAAGGCUAAACAGGAGGCCGGCUUCAACACAUCGCUGGCAGACGUAUGGGGCAGGGCCCUAUCUUACAAGUUCUUCCCUACUUUGGAGAGAGGUGGUAUUGAUUACACUUGGUCCUCUCUGAGAGACUCUCCUAUCUUCCAAGCAGGUGACAUGCCUCUACCGAUCACAGUGGCCGACGGCCGUUACCCAGGCUCCAACGCUAUCGCACUGAACGCUACCGUCUUCGAGUUCAACCCAUUCGAAAUGGGCUCGUGGGAUCCCUCACUAAACGCAUUCACAGACGUCAAAUACCUGGGGACAAAUGUCACGAACGGUAAGCCAGUGGCUCACACGGCCAAAAAAUGUAUCGAAGGUUUUGAUAAUACAGCAUUCAUCAUGGGUACAUCAUCAAAUUUGUUCAACCAAUUUUUACUAAGAAUCAACUCCACACAUUUACCUAAUUUCGUCACCAAAUGGGCAACAAACCUUCUAAAAAGUUGGGCUCAUGAGUUCAACGACGUAGCAGUCUAUAACCCCAACCCUUUCAAAGAUACACGCUACGUGAUGGAGAACUUCAGUACUAGUAUCGUUGACAGCGAACACCUUUACUUGGUCGACGGUGGUGAAGAUGAUGAGAAUGUUCCAUUAAUCCCGUUAUUGCAAAGAGACCGUGACUUGGAUAUUAUCUUUGCUAUUGAUAAUUCGGCAGAUAACAAGCUGCAAUGGCCUGAUGGAUCUUCUCUUGUUCACACAUAUGAAAGACAAUUCGUUCUGCAAGGACAGAAAAUCGCAUUCCCACAUAUCCCCGAUACCAAUACUUUCAUCAAUCUCGGUUUAAAUAAGAGACCAACGUUCUUUGGUUGCAAUGCUACCAAUAUGACAAGCUUAAAAUAUAUACCACCAUUGGUUGUGUACUACCCAAACUCUGAAUACUCCUUCAACAGCAAUCAAAGUGCCUUUAAGCUCUCCUAUUCUAGGGACCAAAUGGCUAAUAUGAUAUCGAAUGGGUUUGAGAUAGCCACUAGGAAUAAUUUUACCGACGACCCAGAGUUCAUAGGGUGCAUAGCAUGUGCCAUCAUGAAAAGAAAACAAGAAGCACUUGAUCUAGAACUGCCAUCAGAGUGUGAAAGGUGCUUAGCCAGGUAUUGUUGGGACGGUACUGUGGAUGACACACCACUAGAUGAAUUGAAACAAGAUGUUCAUCAUUCCUUCAUCAACCCAGAGGAGGAUAAAGAUGGUGAUGGUAUUGACGACUACUCAGAUGAAGAUUUUACAGACGAUGACGUAGAUGACUAUCACUUCUUUCACUAUUCAAAUGUAGACGAGAUUCACCAUGCGGCAACAUAUACCGGCAAGCUUUUACCGACAGGAGCAAUUGAUAAAGGCUCAAACAAACCCUUGAUAAAUUUAUCUUCGAAGCUAGGUAUUCCUGCAACUUCCAUUGCAUAUGCGAUAGUGACAUUCAUUUGCACUUUAUCCGCAUCUUUAUUAUAG